CUUACUUAAAAUGUGCGUAGCUAAAACUCACUAAAUACUGAACCACACUCAAAUACUAGUCAUCAGCGAAAGUCCACAAUAUAUAAAAUUUAAUUAGUUUGUUCUUGCUUAAAUUAAACGCCUUGGUAAUUCAAUUGAAGUAACUUAUUCUUGCAAAACUCGUUGACUAAAUAUAAACGUUUUUGAUUUCGGUGAAAAAUGAGCGAUUAUCCAAAUCAACCCCCUUCCGCUCCUGGCUACGGAGGUUUUCAGUACGACCAGGGGGCAUCAGCCCCUCCUCCUUACGCUGCAGAUUCGCCACCAGCAGGUUACGGAUAUGAAACUAAGGGUGGAUAUGCAGCUCCUCCCCCUCCCUUUGUGGGUCCUCAGAACGUCAAUGUCACAGUACAGUCGCAACCUAUCGUGGUUCCUGUGGAGAAUUUGGGGCGACAAUCUACAAUGACAUAUUGCAAUCAUUGUCACAGUCAGAUCACAACGAGUGUGCACCACGAAGCGAGCGGAGAAACCUGGCUCAUCUGUUUCGGACUCUGGUUCAUCGGACUGGGUUUUGGCUGUUGUCUCAUCCCAUUCUGCGUCGACGAAUGUCAGAGGGCUGUUCACACCUGCCCAAACUGCAACGCUACCCUCGGAUCAAAGGAUGCAUUCUAGCUGCAGAUUUAGUUUUAAAAAGACCUGGCGAAAAGUCAGAGCUUCCGAGAAUUAAACCGACUGCUCGAAAACUCGGUGAAAAUUUGUGAAUAUAUAGAAUAAAAUGAAUUUGAUCUGACUUCAAAGAAAAAUGCAAAACCUUAUAGAUUUCCGCCAAUUGGGAUAUAUUUCGAAAAAAAGUUAUUGUU